UGAUAGUGUUGAUUGAUACAUGUAUUACCAAGAAAUGUGGCACUUUGCCUUAUCCCCCCUGAAAAGAUCCUAUGCAGUAUGUUAAGUACAACAGUUGGAAUGAGGGGAAGAGCCGUGGGUCCCAGACUUCCAGGGCUCUGAGAAAGAAGUGCUCCUGAGAGCUGCCUGCACAGAAAAUGACCUAUAUCUGGAUUCUCUCUGUCUCCCAUCAGGUGUUGGGAUGGUGAAUGAGAAUAAGGAGGAGAAACCCCAGCAGGAAGGUGCUGAGCAAGUAAAACCACAUGGGAUGCUAUUGGGAAGAUCUAAAGAGAAUGUUUCUGGGAGUUGUGCACUCCCAGAAAAAGCAAAAGCCUGUGAGACUCAGCAGAGGCCAGAGGAAAACUUGAGGAGCCACUCAGACCUUAUUACAAUUGAGAGAAUCAACUUGGAAGAGACAUGCUACAUAUGCCAUGAGUGUGGGAAAACCUUCAGUGGGAGCUCAGACCUUUUCACACAUCAAAUAAUCCACAGAGGAGAGAGACCCUACACAUGCUCUGAGUGUGGGAAAAGCUUCAAUCAGAGCUAUACCCUUAUCCGACAUUGGAGAACCCACACUGGAGAGAAACCCUACACAUGCUCUGAGUGCGGGAAAAGCUUCAAUCAGAGCUCAAACCUUAUCAGACAUAGGGGAAUCCACACAGGUGAGAAACCUUAUGGAUGCUCUGAGUGUGGGAAAUGCUUCAUUCAUACUUCAGCCCUCAUCUCACAUCAGAAAAUCCACACAGGAGCGAGACCUUACACAUGCUCUGUGUGUGGGAACAGCUUCUAUCAGAGCUCUGACCUGAUCAAACAUCGUAGAAUCCACACAGGAGAGAAACCCUACACAUGUGUUGAGUGUGGGAAAAGUUUCAAUCAGAGCUCAAUCCUUACUAGACAUCAGAAAAUCCACAUAAGAGAGAACUGUAAUAAAUGCCUUGACUAGGGCUGGCCAAAGAUUUUUCUU